UUAAAUCUUCGGUUUCACCUGGGAUUUUACCUGGUCUGUGUACUGUUUUGGGUCCCGUAGCGACUCGACUUUAACGGCGAGUGCCUACCUGUAAUACUCGGUUACUAAACCUUGUAUACAAACUGUGAAAAUGUCGAACAACUCUGGAGGAGGGUACUGGAUAAAUGAGAGCAUCAAAGAUGACCAGUUUGAUGAUCUGUACACGAUUGGUCCGGAAUUGGGAAGAGGCACGAAUUCAAUCGUCAACAAGUGUACCAGUUGUUUGACCGGUGAAGCUUGGGCGGUCAAGACGGUCAAUAAAAGGGCACAGAAGCAUUGUCGAGGUGAAGUUGUAAAGGAGAUCGGUCUGCUGCUGAGGCUGAGCCACCCGAAUCUGAUACGACUUAAGGAAGUUUUUGAGACGCCAACUAAGUUACAACUCGUUUUGGCGCUCGCUAAAGGGGGAGAACUCUUCGACAGUAUUGAGACCCGUGGGACGUAUACAGAGAAGGAAGCGGCACAUAUCAUGAGGGACAUUCUGGAGGCAGUGCAGUACAUGCACAAAAACGGCGUCACUCACCGAAACAUUAAGCCCGAAAACCUAUUACUAGAGGAUUUAAAAGAUAUCCCGAAAAUAAAAUUAACUGACUUUGGUCUCGCGGUGAUACAGGAAAAGGACGUACAGAUGAACAUGGUGUGUUCUUCUCCAGACUAUAGUGCUCCCGAGAUGUUGCAUGGGAUACCAUACACCGAAGCUGUAGACUUGUGGAGUUGUGGAGUCAUCGCAUUCGUCUUGCUUGCCGGCUACGAACCGUUCCUUGACUUGAAUGGAGAAACGUAUAAGCGUGUAAUGAAGGUUGACUAUACCUUUGACGAACGAGCCUGUCCAGAAAUCAGUGAAAACGCAAAGGAUUUUAUACGCAAGAUGCUCCAGAAGGAUCCAAAAAAGCGAAUGAGUGCCGCUGCCGCCCUGAAUCAUCCAUGGGUGAAAGGAAAAGCCGCCAAGAACACACAUUUGCUGCAAACACAGGAAAGCAUCAAGGAUUUCAACGCUCGUCGGAAAUUUAAGGUUGAUAAGAGUCAGACUGAUGCAACCUCGCUGGAAUGCGUCCCUUUGAUUACAGACCAAAAUACAGGACAGUGACAUACAUAAGCAGGGGCGACUUCGUGAUCCCUGACGCACUGUGCAAUGCUUGGAGCCUGGAUCACUCGGGACAUGCCCGACGAAGAAACAACGUAAUAUGACGUUAUUAUACAUAUACUAUAUAUAAAGUCAUGUUUAUUUAUAAAUUUAAGAAACACUGUUACUUAAAAGUAAAUCCGUCUAUUAAAGCUUCAAUGUGCCGAUAUAUCGAAUUCAUGAUACAAGUUUUGUACAAUAGUUCUGAAAUACAUUUAUUCUGAAGGGAUUGUAAUGGGUACGAGAUGUAUUUCGAAAUAUGAAUAUAGAAAUAAAAUGUUUAUUUAUUAGAAUAUGAUUUGCACGGGUUUUUCAUGAUCCUGUGUACGAUUUGUCUAUUUAUGACAUCACUACCUAAAAUUGAAUGGAAGACAUGCCACUAGUUGACGUAAUAAACUUGAUAUCCUGUCAGUUAAACUAACCGAAUAUGAAGUAACAAGUAAGCAGCGAAACUUGCGCAACAUCCUUAAUCGAUGCGUCGUGAGUGCAUACCUCAACAUUGCCAUCUCUACAGCGUAUGAAUACAGAAGCAAUUAGUGGACUCGAGCAACAAGGAAAUUGGUGGCAGUGGUGAGAUGUCAAUGGUUACGGUUAAUUUUAAUCGCUGGAUAAGAUAUUUAUCUGGUGUGUAAUGUUUUCAUCUGUAUCCAUUACUUUAGUAUUUCCUUCAACAUGAAGUUUAUCUGUGAUAGAAUUAUAUAUAUAUAUAUUGUGAUAUUUUACUAUAUAGUACAUGUACUAUUUUCUGUAUAUACUGAACAUUUGGUUGGUGUAUUUCCUGUUAUAUUUUCUGAUAGGUGAAUAUUUAGUUUACAUACCCAUGCUAUGUAAGGGUAAGAAAUCAACAUUAGAAACUUCUCCAGACCAGAUUCAUUUAUCUAGAAAUGUUUUUUUUUUAGAAAGAACAUUUUUAAAAAGAAAUUUAAUUUUCCAAUGCUCUAAACGUUUCUUGUGUCCGAUUUUGAUAAGAAACCAAAUUGUUCAUAUAUGUAUGUUUCCCUUGGAUUUCACGGGCUACUAUAUCAUGUGACACGCUUGAUGUUUGCUGAGGUUUAGGAUGUCUGUAUAGUUGUUUAAGUGUUCCCUCAGUCCAUGUUUACGUGUUUUCAUAUAAAAGUUGAUUCGAUUUUAGGUUUUAUUUGUUGCUACACGUGUCUUCUGUGUUAACACUUUACUAGACAUGUCUUUUAUGUUCAGAUCGUGUGUCUUUUUUCUCUAACUUACCGCAGGAACACACCAAUUAAACUCAUUGGCUCUAGCGUCUGAUUUUUCAGACAGCGUGACGUCAUUAAGUUGACCCCAUUACAUAUGACGUCACUAUCAAAUAUACGCCAGUUAUCACACAUAUAUCAUAUAUCUAAUAUUACAAUUGUAACAUAACAAAAAAUAGAUUGUGUUAAUAUUCGAUAUUUAUAUCACGAGAAAGUGUUUAAGAAAAAGUUCAAAUAAAGACUCUUUCCUAUUUAAACUAAAUGUUGACUUAUCCCAUUGUUUUAACUAUAUAAUUUGACAAUCUUUAUCAAAAUGUUAAAUUAUUGAUUAGUUUGGUUGAUAUUUAUUGA